AGUGCUGGGAUUACAGGCGUGAGCUGCUGCACCCAGCCAAAACCCCACUUUAAUCCCAGAAGUGGCACUGGAUAUACCUGACCUCACUUCCCACUGCCUCCAACCCUAUGAAAAAGUGACUUCAAUUGUAUCCAUUUUGCAGAGGAGGGAACUGAGGCUUGGGGAGCUCAAGUAACUUACCUAAGAUCACACUACAUGUAAAGGGAUUAGAACCCAGGCCUGAAUGACUCCAAAGGCCAGGCUGUGUCUCCCUGUUGGUGUCCAGAGGGGAGCCCGCCCCCGGAGGGAGCUCUGACCCUCUGUGUCCUGCUGCGCCCACUAAGGGAGUCCUCUUGCUGUGUCCCCGCCUCUCUGGUCCAAGCCUUCCCUCCUGGAAGCCACAGAACAAACAAGGCUGUUUGCUGCCUUUGAAACCUGCUUCCUCAUCUGAGAAAUGGGAACAAAUGACAUCUUUGUCAUAAAGUUGCUCAUUUGUGUGAGGACUCAAGGAUGAACAGAUACGUUUCCUGCCUCCUUGCGCCCACAGCCUGGGAAUGAACCAUCCCGUGAACAGCUGGGAUAAAGCUUCCGAGGAGACGAGCACAGAUCCUGGGAACGAGUGUGUGCAGUCCGGGGAGGGCUUUCCAGAGGAGCCCAGUUGAGCUGGAACUGGGGAGUUCCAGUGGGGAGGAGUUAACCAGGCAGAGGUGCAGGGAGGAAUCAGCACUUUGUGCUGUGGAGCAGAGUUGGUGCACUGGGGAAGUCAACUCAAGUCUUGGAGCCUCAGUUUCCUGUUCUGUAAAAUGGGGAUCAUCAUGACGGUGUUUGAUGAGGAAACAGGACUGCCGGCCCACACAGCAAGUCCACAUGGAUUUUCUGAGCCCUUCCUGUGCCUGAAGCCCACGGUUAAUAGUUCUGCUUUAGCAGGUGCUUACCACGUGCCAGGCACUGCUCUGCACUGGCCACUGGACUGCAUGUUCUACCCAUGGGGCUUGGAUAUUCCCAUCUUACAGAUCAGGAAACUGAGGCUGUGACUUGCUCAAUGUCAUGGAAUGACGAAGUGUGGAGCCUGGAUUUGAACUUGGCUCUCUGGGGCUCCACAGCUGGCUUUCUUGGUCAGCAGUAGGGUCUGGGAUCCAAGUAUGGGGUCCCAGCAUGACCCCAAAGUCCACCCUCUUUCAGCUAAUGCCCAGGGUAGUUGGACCUGGGGCCAAUUUGUGUUUCCAGGUUCCUAAAAGAGGCUCCUGUUGCAGUUCCCGCCUGAGGCUGGCGGCCAACCACAUCUGGGAGUGGCCUCCCUGCGCCCCUGUCAUUACAACGGUGGCUUUGAAGCAGCUGGCAGCACUGCUGCUUGUCUACGUGGGAGGGGGCUUCCUGGAGCCCCUGCCACUGGCUGGGUUUUGCCUGACUCCCCUUUCAUCCCCUUGCAGGCUGAGCAGUGCAGACGGGCCUGGGGCAGGCAUGGCGGAUUCCAGCGAAGGCCCCCGCGCGGGUCCCGGGGAGGUGGCUGAGCUCCCCGGGGAUGAGAGUGGCACCCCAGGCGGGGAGGCUUUUCCUCUCUCCUCCCUGGCCAAUCUGUUCGAGGGGGAGGAUGGCUCCCCUUCGCCCUCACCGGCUGAUGCCAGUCGCCCUGCUGGCCUAGGCGAUGGGCGACCAAAUCUGCGCAUGAAGUUCCAGGGUGCCUUCCGCAAGGGGGUGCCCAACCCCAUUGAUCUGCUGGAGUCCACCCUAUAUGAGUCCUCGGUGGUGCCUGGACCCAAGAAAGCACCCAUGGACUCACUCUUUGACUAUGGCACCUAUCGUCACCACCCCAGUGACAACAAGAGGUGGAGGAAGAAGAUCAUAGAGAAGCAGCCGCAGAGCCCCAAAGCCCCUGCCCCCCAGCCGCCCCCCAUCCUCAAAGUCUUCAACAGGCCCAUCCUCUUUGACAUUGUGUCCCGGGGCUCCACUGCCGACCUGGAUGGGCUGCUCCCCUUCUUGCUGACCCACAAGAAACGCCUGACUGAUGAGGAAUUUCGAGAGCCAUCUACAGGGAAGACCUGCCUGCCCAAGGCCUUGCUGAACCUGAGCAGCGGCCGCAAUGACACCAUCCCUGUGCUGCUGGACAUCGCGGAGCGCACCGGCAACAUGCGGGAGUUCAUCAACUCGCCCUUCCGCGACAUCUACUAUCGAGGUCAGACGGCCCUGCACAUCGCCAUCGAGCGUCGCUGCAAACACUACGUGGAGCUCCUCGUGGCCCAAGGAGCUGACGUCCACGCCCAGGCCCGUGGGCGCUUCUUCCAGCCCAAGGAUGAGGGAGGCUACUUCUACUUUGGGGAGCUGCCCUUGUCGCUGGCUGCCUGCACCAACCAGCCCCACAUUGUCAACUACCUGACGGAGAACCCCCACAAGAAGGCAGACAUGCGGCGCCAGGACUCGCGAGGCAACACGGUGCUGCACGCACUGGUGGCCAUCGCCGACAACACCCGUGAGAACACCAAGUUCGUUACCAAGAUGUAUGACCUGCUGCUGCUGAAGUGUGCCCGCCUCUUCCCCGACAGCAACCUGGAGGCCGUGCUCAACAACGAUGGCCUCUCACCCCUAAUGAUGGCUGCCAAGACGGGCAAGAUUGGGAUCUUUCAGCACAUCAUCCGGCGGGAGGUGACGGAUGAGGACACACGGCACCUGUCCCGCAAGUUCAAGGACUGGGCCUACGGGCCAGUGUACUCCUCGCUUUAUGACCUCUCCUCCCUGGACACGUGUGGGGAAGAGGCCUCCGUGCUGGAGAUCCUGGUGUACAACAGCAAGAUUGAGAACCGCCACGAGAUGCUGGCUGUGGAGCCCAUCAAUGAACUGCUGCGGGACAAGUGGCGCAAGUUCGGGGCCGUGUCCUUCUACAUCAACGUGGUCUCCUACCUAUGCGCCAUGGUCAUCUUCACCCUCACUGCCUACUACCAGCCGCUGGAGGGCACGCCACCGUACCCUUACCGCACCACGGUGGACUACCUGCGGCUGGCUGGCGAGGUCAUUACGCUCUUCACUGGGGUCCUGUUCUUCUUCACCAACAUCAAAGACUUGUUCAUGAAGAAAUGCCCUGGAGUGAAUUCUCUCUUCAUUGAUGGCUCCUUCCAGCUGCUCUACUUCAUCUACUCUGUCCUGGUGAUCGUCUCAGCAGCCCUCUACCUGGCAGGGAUUGAGGCCUACCUGGCCGUGAUGGUCUUUGCCCUGGUCCUGGGCUGGAUGAAUGCCCUUUACUUCACCCGUGGGCUGAAGCUGACGGGGACCUAUAGCAUCAUGAUCCAGAAGAUCCUCUUCAAGGACCUUUUCCGAUUCCUGCUGGUCUACUUGCUCUUCAUGAUCGGCUACGCUUCAGCGAGUGCCACCCCCACCCCUCCCACAGCCCUGGUCUCCCUCCUGAACCCGUGUGCCAACUUGAAAGUGUGCAAUGAGGACCAGACCAACUGCACAGUGCCCACUUACCCCUCGUGCCGCGACAGCGAGACCUUCAGCACCUUCCUCCUGGACCUGUUUAAGCUGACCAUCGGCAUGGGCGACCUGGAGAUGCUGAGCAGCACCAAGUACCCCGUGGUCUUCAUCAUCCUGCUGGUGACCUACAUCAUUCUCACCUUUGUGCUGCUCCUCAACAUGCUCAUUGCCCUCAUGGGCGAGACGGUGGGCCAGGUCUCCAAGGAGAGCAAGCACAUCUGGAAGCUGCAGUGGGCCACCACCAUCCUGGACAUUGAGCGCUCCUUCCCCGUGUUCCUGAGGAAGGCCUUCCGCUCCGGGGAGAUGGUCACUGUGGGCAAGAGCUCAGACGGCACUCCCGACCGCAGGUGGUGCUUCAGGGUGGAUGAGGUGAACUGGUCUCACUGGAACCAGAACUUGGGCAUCAUCAAUGAGGACCCGGGCAAGAAUGAGACCUACCAGUAUUAUGGCUUCUCACACACCGUGGGCCGCCUCCGCAGGGAUCGCUGGUCCUCGGUGGUACCCCGCGUGGUGGAACUGAACAAGAACUCGAACCCGGACGAGGUGGUGGUGCCUCUGGACAGCAUGGGGAACCCCCGCUGCGACGGCCACCAGCAGGGUUACCCCCCCAAGUGGAGGACUGAUGACGCCCCGCUCUAGGGACUGCAGCCCAGCCCCAGCCUCUCUGCCCAUCCAUUUCUAGUCUAGCCGCAUUUCAGCAGUGCCUUCUGGGGUGUCCCCCCACACCCUGCUUUGGCUCCAGAGGCGAGGGCCCAGUGGAGGUGCCAGGGAGGCCCCAGGACCCUCUGGUCCCCAGACCCUGCCUCCCCACCCUGGGGUGGGGGCUCCCGGCCACCUGUCUUGCUCCUAUGGAGUUACAUAAGCCAACGCCAGAGCCCCUCCACCACAGGGUUCAGGCCUCUGCCCCUGCCUCUCCAUUAUUUAUUUGCUCUGCUCUCAGGAAGCGACGUGACCCCCGCCCCAGCUGGAACCUGGCAGAGGCCUCAGGACCCCGUUCCAAGUGCACUGCCCAGCCAAGCCCCAGCCUCAGCCUGUGCCUGAGCUGCAUGUGCCACCAUUUUUGGAAGCGUGGCAGCUUUGCAAGGGGCUGUGGCCCUCGGCAUGGGGCCGUGCCUUCUGUAUGUUCUGUAGAGCGUCUGGGAUUUGCUGGUGCUCAAUAAAUAUUUUUUCAUUGAUGGUG